AUUGAGCCAAUUCAAGAUUACAAAGAGAGAUGGGGUUUGUCAUUUUGUUUUCAGUUUUAGUCUUAAGUUCGUAUUCCUACCCUUAUAUGUUAACUUAUUUGCUGAAUUAUAUGUUUUGAAAAGAAGAAUGGAGUUGUAUGCUCUCAAAGUGGUGAUAAUUCCAAUAAAUAGAUCAAAAAAGAAAGGGGAGGAGCUAUGCACUCCAACUGUUUGACGAAAUGCUUGAAAGAGCCAUCUCACCUAAGUCAGACCUUAUAACAUCACCUGACGUACACAUGACUGUGAAUUUAUGGCCCUCACUAGAAAUUUACUCUUUUGCAGUUUUUUACCUGCCUAGCUAAUGAAUAUGAAAGAAGGCAUAUGUCAGCUUCCUCUAUUGCAAGACAUUAAAGUGCUUGGGUCAAUUUGUUCAGAACUUUCAAAGCCUAACAAAAAGUCAGUUCAUGGGCUUAUCAAGAUAUUCUCUAGCUUUGAGAGCUGCAUAAGGCUAAUGAUUAAAAAAAGAAAAGAUGCUUGUUGUUUGGAUAUGGAGCCAUGGAAGAACUUGGACCCUUCCGUGUUAACAGUGAUGGAAAAACACUCUACCCCAACCACUAUGCAUGGAACAAUGGUAACAAAAAUUCCUUUAAUUACUAUGUCUCAUUCACAUCACUUAUAAUCUUAGUCCCUGUCUUGCUGGUGCAUGCCUAACCCUAUAAAACCUUUGCUUUUGAGGUACUAACUGUUUUCUCCUGGAAUUUUUUUUGCCUGAGAUUUUUUGCUGCCAGCUAUCCCUUCGGGACCACUCUUAUGUAUUAUGUUAAAAGCACCAAUUCAGAAAUUUGCUGAUUAUGUAAGUCAGCUUUCCUCUUCCUUUUUGCUUUUUAUUAUUUAUGCACCCUUAUGCCACAAAUCUC